AUUUCUCUCCAGGGAAGGUAGAAGAUAGUUGAGGAAGGAAAUAUGAAUUUCACAUUCUGUACACUUGCUUGUUUUAUUGAUCAAAACAACACAGCAUUUAAAUGGAUAGUUACAGAUGGGAAAUAGGGUAGAUAGAGGGAUUUGGUUGGUUAGCUGGUUCUAGGCAGGGAUUAGAUUACAGACAUGAGCUACCAUAACCAGCAAAUACAAUUAUGUUGCAGUACUAGGAAUUGAACCUUAAGUCUCACUCAUUUUAGGAAAGUGCUCUCCCUAACUCUUAGUGUUUUACCAUGAGUAAGAAAAGGUACUUUAUUGUGACAAUGCCCUAGAUGUUAAAUAACUUACAUAGGGUCUCCGGUGCAGACCCACUUUAGAAGGAGGAGGUAGGAACUUCCACCAACAUCCACAUUUGAUAACUACCACCCAAGAACUGAAGAAAGACGUAGGUAUUAUGUGGGUAUUAUAUCUGGAUAAGCAAGCCCCCUCUUGACUGGAACUCCAGACGGGACAAGUCUGUCUGGUCGCCACUCCACAGAUACCAUACAGGCCCCACAGAGUCACCUCCGAGCCAGGAUUUAAGUGUCAAACUGCUGGAAUUUUGUUAGCCUGGAGGGGACUCUAGGCAGGGCGAAUGGGUACAGCCUUAGUUUUGAGAGAAAAGGAGUGUUGAACCAACCUCACUAGAAGAUAAGUGUGAGACAGAUUAAAUGAUGGCUCUCCAUCUUGCUCAUAUUUGGUUCUGACAGAAACGAGACCAUCAACACCAGCAUUGCCCCAUGCCCUUGGGCUGAGCUGAGCGUGAUCAUUUAGGUCAAUAAUAAAACAUCAAGAAGUAGGCUAUUUGGGAGUCGGGGGAAGACCAGGUGACUAAGCUGUAGUUCUGCCUCCCCUCCAACAAGUCUCCCAGUAAGCAGUGAACCUGGGUUAGAAACAGAGAACAGAGAUGUCUCAGUCCACAUUCCGUGUGUACCUCUUAAUCUAACCAGGAACUUGGGUUUGGGUAGUACUGGGCACCUGCGGAAGGCCGCCCUGGAUUUAGAAAAGGGAAGGCGGAGUCCAAAUACUGGGGACCGGUCUCACCCCUUGCCCGAUAAUGCGUUGGGUGGACCUGGCUGUGCAAGAUUUAAACUAAUGGCUUUGGCUGUGGACGGAUUAGGUCUGAUCCGAUUAGAGCCUAGGCCAUAGUAUUCGCUCCUUGCCAGGCUCUGUGGACGUUCUCCCUGCUCUCGUGAAGAAGGCUUAGAGACGGAUUGGAGAACCUUCCUAGCACCGAACACCGGAUUGGCACCCGAGAGUCAGUGUCCCGGGCUCCGCUCUUUCCACACUGAGGGCGCGGGCUUCCGCCCCCUGUGGCCCUUCCGAGCCCCGCCCCGAGCCUGCGGGUGUCGGAGCCCGCGACGUCCCCGCCUCCCCUGCGCGCGCGUGGCGGGUGGGUUCCUCGGAGGUCCGCGGCCGAGCGCUCUCAGCACCGGGAGCGCAGGCGGGCCGCGUGGGCUGCCGCCGGUGCACCUGUCGGCUUCCCCCAGUGGCUCUGCUGCCGCCCCUGCGCGCCGCGCGUGCAUCGCUCUCCACGUCCCGUGCCAGAGGGGUCUGACUGUCCCCUGGCGAGGAGGAACGAGAGGGGCCGGCGUCAACGCGACGUGCUGCGAGGCGGGCGGAGUGGGGGCGGCGCCGAGCGCGGCGGCGGCGGCGGCAAGCGGCAGCGGCGGCGCGGGAGGCGGGGAGGCGCGGCGCGCGGAGGACAGCGGCUGACGGCGGCAUGCGGCGGCUCAUGCUGCCCACCGUGGGCUGAGGCGGCCGCAGACGGGCGGCAGGCGCAGCGGCCGGGCAAGCCGAGGGCGCAGCCAAGCCGCGCGCACCGCGAACAGCGGCCGGGGCUCCGCGCAAUGGGCCGAGCUGGAGGCGGGGGCCCGGGCUGGGGGCCGCCGCCAGCGUUGCUGCUCCUGGGGGUCACGCUGAUGCUCACCGCUGGGGCCGUACCAGCACGGGAAGCAGGCAGUGCGAUCGAGGCUGAAGAGCUGGUGAGGAACGGCCUUGCAUGGGAGUCGCGUGCCAAUGACACGCGGGAGGAAGCCGGCCUGCCAGCAGCUGGGGAAGAUGAGACCUCGUGGACAGAGCCGGGCAGUGAGCUGACUGCGGUGGGCCCUGGGGUCGGGCCAGAGGAGGCACUAGAGGCAUCGGCUGCAGUGACUGGCACUGCCUGGCUAGAGGCAGAUGGCCCAGGCCUGGGUGGAGUGACUGCAGAGGCUGGCAGUGGCGACGCCCAGACCCUUCCAGCUACGCUCCAGGCUCCUGAUGAGGCCCUUGGGUCAUCUACAAUGCCCCCUGCCAUCCCUGAGGCUACUGAAGCCAAUGGACCUCCCUCCCCCACUAUCCAUGAUAAGCCUAGCCUAGGCCCUGAACUCCCUCAGGAGAUCCCCUUGGAGGUUUGGCUGAACCCGGGAGGCAGCACACCUGACCCUCAAGGGCCAGAGCCCACUUUUCCCCUUCAAGGCACUCUAGAGACCCAACCAGCCUCAGAUAUAAUUGACAUUGAUUACUUUGAAGGAUUGGAUAGUGAGGGCCGUGGUGCAGACAUGGGCAGCUUCCCCGGGUCACCAGGAACCUCCGAAAAUCACCCUGACACUGAAGGAGAGACCCCUUCCUGGAGCCUGCUUGACCUGUACGACGACUUCACGCCCUUCGAUGAGUCUGAUUUCUACCCCACCACAUCCUUCUAUGAUGAUAUGGAAGAGGAAGAAGAGGAAGAGGAGGAUAAGGAUGCAGUGGGAGGUGGAGACCUGGAAGAUGAAAAUGACCUUCUCCUGCCCUCUCAAAAGCCUGGUGUGGGGCCUGGGACAGGACAGCCCACCAGUCGGUGGCAUGCUGUUCCGCCACAGCAUACUCUGGGGAUGGUACCUGGAAGCAGUAUCUCUCUUAGGCCCCGCCCUGGAGAUCCAGGCAAGGACCUGGCCUCAGGCGAAAAUGGCACCGGCACCGAGUGCCGAGUUGGCUUUGUCAGGCAUAAUGGCUCCUGCCGGUCUGUCUGUGACCUCUUCCCCAGUUACUGUCACAAUGGCGGCCAGUGCUACCUGGUGGAGAACAUAGGGGCUUUCUGCAGGUGUAACACCCAGGACUACAUCUGGCACAAGGGCAUGCGCUGUGAAUCCAUCAUCACAGACUUCCAGGUGAUGUGCGUGGCCGUCGGCUCGGCCGCACUCGUGCUGCUGCUCCUGUUCAUGAUGACUGUGUUCUUCGCCAAGAAGCUCUAUCUGCUCAAGACUGAGAAUACCAAGCUACGGAGGACCAACAAAUUCCGGACCCCAUCUGAGCUCCACAAUGAUAACUUCUCCCUCUCCACCAUUGCCGAGGGCUCGCAUCCAAAUGUAAGGAAACUUUGCGACACUCCCUGUGUCUCCUCCCCCCAUGCCAGUGCCUUGGCUCACUAUGAUAACAUUGUCUGUCAGGACGACCCCAGUGCUCCCCAUAAAAUCCAGGAAGCUCUCAAGUCCCGCCUGAAGGAGGAAGAGUCCUUUAACAUCCAGAACUCCAUGUCACCCAAACUUGAGGGUGGCAAAGGUGACCAGGAUGACUUGGAGGUGAACUGUCUCCAGAAUAACCUAACCUGAGACCCAGCAAGAAGAGAGGAAAGGGGGGUGGGGGAGGGAAGGACCGUUGUCUCCUCUCUGGCAGUGUCGACGUCUCGUAACCAUUUGUUAAGCUUUUCUUUUUCUGAUCUCAUGGCAUGCUCUGAUGUGUUUUGUAGGAGGGGGAAACACUUAAAAUAAGCAAAGAAACUGAGCAGGAUUGCAUAUAUUGGAUGGUUCUUGUCUGUGCUCUCUGUACGUUGCUUCUGCAGCUGUGACUUCUAAACCUCUUCUGGCACUCAGCUGACUUUUGGUUUUGUACUUUGACCCGCCUUUUUUGGAAUACCAGUUAAAAAAAACAAAAACAAAAACAAGGUUCUUGAAAUAAAACUUUUUAAAAAGCUGUCCA